AUGUACGGCUCUGUCUUGUGUAUUGCUGCAUUGUUAACUCUCAUUGAAGCACAUGUUUCAGUGAAGAAAGUUGAAAGAAUUGAACCACUGUCCGAUGAAAUGAUCUCGUAUAUCAAUCAACAUCCAGAUGCUGGAUGGAAAUCUGAAAAAAGCACACGUUUCCUAUCAUUGGAUGAUGCACGUAUGAUGAUGGGUGCAAGAAAAGAGGAUCCAGUGUUGCAAAACAAGAAACGUCCAACAGUCGAUCAUAGUGAUUGGAAUGUGGAAAUUCCAUCGAGUUUCGACGCAUGA